AUGACCAUCUACGAAGAAGCCCCCAAGAAUGGCACGGCCGCCUCGCUGGUGAGCACGGCGACCACUCAUCCCGUCGCCGGCUUGCCCAACGACAACCCUUCCAGGUCGUACUGGCUGCAGGAGCCGUCCAAGCUGCUGCUGGGCCACCGCACGACGCCUGACCUGCCCGCUGAAGUCGAUGUCGUCGUCGUCGGCAGCGGCAUCACCGGCGCGUUUGCCGCGGAUGCUCUCCUCGAGGACGUGGGCGGCGCCGCGUCCGCCACCCGCACUGUCCUCGUUCUCGAAGCCCGCGAGGCCUGUUUUGGCGCCACCGGCCGCAACGGCGGCCACUGCCAGCCCAUGGUCUACUCGUCCGCCUCGGACGUCUCCGACUUUGAGCUUGCCACCUUCCGCUUUCUCCAGCGCUUUGUCGCCGAGCACCACAUUCCCUGCGACUGGCGCACGCUGGCGGGCGGAGUGCACGCGUACCUGGACAAGGACCUGUUCGAGCUGGCCGAGGCGCUGGUCGCGACGCUGCGCGCCAAGCGGCCCGACUUGGCCGACCAAAUCACCGUCGUGACCGCCGACGAUGUCCGGAACGCAGCAGCAAACACCGCCCUCGACGACCUGCGCCUGCGCGGCGCCGCCGGUGCGCUCGUGCAGCGCAACGCCGCGUCGGUGUGGCCGUACAAGCUCGUGGCCUGGGUGCUGGAGCGGCUCGUGCAGCGGCACGCCGCCUCGGGCGCGUUCAACCUGCAGACCAACACGCCCGUCCUGCACGUUGCCCACGAUCCCCAGAUGCCGUCUUCGUCUGCUUCGCCCUGGGUUGUCAGGACACCCCGCGGCACCGUCCGAGCCCGCGCCGUGCUGCUCGCCACCAAUGGUUACGCGUCGCGUCUGCUGCCGCGCAGCCUCGCCGACCUCGUCGUGCCCGUGCGCGCCCAGGUUGCCGCGCUGGUACCGCCAGACAGCGACACCAAGACGGAAACGACACAAACCACAGAGAGUGCGCCAGCCGGUGUGACGUCGUCGUCGACGUCGACGUCGUCUUCGUCGGCCAACGGUGCUUCCCGGGCGAGUGUCACGGUCGUCGAGACCAAGGACGGCCAGACGACCACGACCACGACCACGACGACCACCUCCAACGCGCCCGCCGACCGCUUAACGUACAGCUACGUCUUUGUCGGCCACGACCACGGCCAGACCCCCAGCGGGAACCGCGACGAGUACCUUGUUCAGAGGCCGUUUACCAGCGGCACCAGCGGCCGCGCAACAGCCACCUCGUCGAAUGGCACUGCCUUUGCAUCUGCCUUUUCGUCGUCGUCGUCGUCGUCGUCGUCGUCGGGCGGCCACUUCAUCUGGGGCGGCGGCCGGCAGCGUGCCUCCAACGCCGGUGUCGGGGAGUGGCGCGACGACGAGGUCGAGUCGCCCGUGGCCGGCUACCUGCGCUCCCACCUGGCGCCGGUUCUCGCUGUCGGCGGCGACAACAGCCGGGGCGAGCCGCCCGCGCAGCUCGAGGCCGACUUCGAGUGGACCGGCAUCAUGGGCUUCUCGCGCGAUGCGAACCCGUGGGUCGGUCACGUGCCGAGCAGCGAGAGCGGCGGCGACGGUCUCUACCUGGCCGCCGGCUUCUCGGGCCACGGCAUGCCGUCCACGUCGCUGUGCGGCCGCGCCGUCGCUGGCAUGAUCAAGAGGCACCUGGGGUGGACGACGUCUUCGUCUUCGGACAGCCAUGCUGCGAGCGGCGGCGACGACAAUACGCACAGGGACAAGGUCGUCGUAUCCCUGCCCUUGAGCGACGGUGGCCAUGCCGAGCUGCCUCGCUGUUUCCUCCUGACGCCAGAACGCAUUCUGGAGGCGCGGAGGACGUGCCAGCCCGUUAAGGAGGCCGAUGCCCGUGGCUUCUUGGCCGAGCUCCAGCAUCUCCUGGCCGCUCGUCGGGCAGAGCCGUGA